UUUUUCUUGACAAGAAGCGGCGACUGAUUAAGAAACCGGGAUACCGGUGUUUGGUGCGAAUUGUUGUGCGAGGACUACUUUUUGUGUUUUUUGAGUAUAGACUGUGCUUAUUACUGGUCCCAGAUAUACAUAUUUUUAAAAUCACAAUAAUGGAGCUUCUAAAGGUGCUCCUAAUAAUUUCCCUCGCUUCAUUUACCUCACAAAGCGAAAAGGCACCAGUUUCGGUAACCCGAACCGAAAUCAAGGUGUCCAGAAGCUUGAACCCCGAAGACACCCAGACGUUAAACGUCAUGACACGGGAUGGCAGCGUGGCCCAAUUAAUAGUUAAAAGACGAGACGCGAAAUCUAGACAAACAGUUCGGAGAACGGAAAACGAGAAAACCGAUCAGAAAGUGGAUGAACAGGAAAAUCAGCCUCAAUACGGGAGGGCAAUAUACACGAACUGGGUACCAUUGUCCAACUCGUUGUAUUACAAACCUAAAAUCAUCACAUUGGACACGAUCGCAUUGGUGAGAAAUGCCACGGAAGGGAAAUUGUUCAACAACAAUUUGGGCAACGUCAUUGACAGCGAUAGGUUACCACAUGUUCCAAAGCCAGUAACUAUCACAUCUGAAGAAGUGUUCGUCAAAAAUGCGGACAAGAAACGCGGUAGGUCCGUAAUGAAAGUCGACAGCGAUGGAAUUCCAGUAAUCCAUGGCGUACGAGUCCCUGAUGAUGAGAGUGACAAGAAGACAUGGAGAAAUGCCCGAGUCAUCAACGGUGAAUUAGUGCCGUAUGAAGAAGGAUAUAAACCACCAGCGGCCGUGCCAGUGGGGCAACUCGUUUACGCCAGUCAGAUAACAAAAACUAAGGACGAACCAAGAUCCAUGGGACCGUACAGUAAAGAAGACAACUUUAAACCUGAAAAACCUAAAGAGGGCCCAAUCGGACCUUUCAGUGUUAAAGACAAUUUAUCACAGAACACAAAUGGUGGAUAUGAAGAGCCUAAAAAGGAUUACGUCAAGUUCUCGUCGAGUGGCACUGGUCCCUACACCAAAGCUGACAACGCCAGACUUUCUGGAGGAAAGCUAAUUGAUUACAUCAAGGAAAUCAACGCUAAAGAAUCCAAGAAGGAUUACUUUACUAGAAGAAAGUACAGGUCUUACGAAGGCGACAACAGCCAGCAAAUGCAACGUAGGAUGCUGCAAUAUCCUGGCCAAGCAAGCUAUCCAAACUCGGCAUUAUAUACUCCACAAAGCACCAAACUUAGUCCUGUAACUUUUAACGAAGGUGUCCGUACGCCAGUGCUGCAAUACGCCCACCCAGAACUAGGCGUACAACCUGCCAAAGCGAGUCCUGAAGAAGAUGAAUACAUGAAAAACAACUACGAGGAUUCCUAUGCCAGUUACGAUAACGUCAAUUCCGGCAGGCAACAACAGUAUUACGGAAACAGUGUGGAAUAUUACAAAAAAGAUUACACAAAUUAUCCUUACAAUACGUAUUAUAUUAAACCACAAACAGAACGACCAUUGUGGAUAAAAAUAACUGACAGCAUCAAGGACAACGUGCAAAGCGGAUUUGAAAGAAUGCAACAAUUGACGAGGCCAGUGUUCGAACCCAUUGUCGAAGCUACCCAUAAAAUCUCCCACAAUUUAGGAUUCUCCAAAGGGGAAUCGCCGCAAAGGGCUCAGGAUAAAGUUGGGUUUGUCGCUCCGAUGGGUGGAUCGGUUAUUUUACCAGCGCUGGGAUUGGUUGCAGGAGGUGCUGCUUUAGAAUUGAUUGUUUUAGGUUUGGGAGCUGCCGCAGUGGGCAGGUUCUUGAGUCCUGAAGAAAUGCGAUCCUUACAACACGCGAAACAGAACGACAUUGUGUUUAUUAUGGAGGAUUCUAAAAAUCAAGGCUCGCAUAAAAGGCUGAGGAGGAGUUCGGAGGAAAACCAGUUCUAUUUGGAAAAAAUAAUUGCAAGUAUCGAAAAUGAUAUGAUUCAAGAAGCCAACAGGCAAGAACAGAAUCAUAAACGAGUGAGAAGGAAUACUGAAGACGAAUAUUACAUGCAGGAAUUAGAGAAGAAUGUGGAAAGGGAUGCUAGCUUAAAAAGUUUAUCGGCCACUCAUUAUUGGUCAGACACUCCUUGUUCCAAGAGGAUAUUCUGUGAGGUCAUGAUCCGACAGAACUCUGACGAGGUUGUUUUAAUGGAGAAGAAAAUGGAUACUUUAUUAACAAAUAUCCACCCUGAUGUGGCUAAUGCAGUAUCUCACCACUUGCAAGACGUAAUGGAUGCCAUCAAGCAAAGAAGUUGCAAUCAGUACUUCUGCCAAAAGAAUAUACCAUAUUAUGCUCCAGCUGCUUAAAACCUUAGAGCGACGUGGAAAAAAUUAUUUAUAUAUUGGUCGAUUUGCGUCUUUCUUUAGAGAGAUGUUAAGACUAAGCUAGUCCAGAAAAUAAAUUAUAUAUUUUUUCAA